CUCUAUACAUACCCCUGCAUUCUGCAGUGUCAAUGUAAUCAAUCAUGGCUCCCACAGGAGACGAAGCCAGGCUACAAAGCGCCAGAGAGACUAUAGAUGCCCUUUACGACCUCUCUCAAUUACUGCAGACUGGACUCGACAAGCAAACGCUAUCGAUAUGUACGGGGAUGAUCGAAGCUGGCACUAACCCCGAGACUUUGGCCGAGGUAAUAAAGGAGCUCAGGAGUCAGAAUGAAGCGUCAAAGCGACGGACGUGAUGUUACGAGCAUCGGCUGGCACGGAAUUACACCGCUCAGCAACUCCUCGCAGGCCAAUAAUGCCCUGCAUGCCAGAUCUCGCAGGGCUAUCAGCGCGAGUGGCUCGCUUAAAGAUCACCUCGCUCUGUUCGGCGUAUGUUAAGUCCGAGUCAGCGCUCGAUUUGGGUUCCCCUGCCCCCGGUCCUGGGGAUAUCAUAAGAGA